GCAGGCAUGGCGGUGUAUGCCUGUGGGCAGAAGCAAGGGGGUCACGAGUCCAAGAUCAUUCUCAGCUACAAAGUCCGUUGGGGUCAACCUGGUCUAUGUGGGACCCCGGAUAGACAGAGAAAGGGAGUGGCCUGACUAUGUGACAGCACUUCCGGCCUCGGGCAAAAUCAAUGGAGAUCCCCUGAAGGUGCACCCAAAGCUUCCAUCAAGCGCUGGUGAGGACCGGGCCAUGCUGCUGGGCGUGGCCAUGAUGGCUUCCUCUGUACUGAUGUUCUUCCUGUUGGGGACCACUGUGUUGAAGCCCUUCAUGCUCAGAUCUCCCAGAGAAGAAUCAAACUGCACCACUGUCCACACACACAUUGUGGAUGACGGGCUGGACUUUUCCUUCACCUGUGAGGGUAGCUGCCAGGACCACGGGAGAUCCCCAUGCCUGCAGGUGUUCGUAAACCUGAGCCACUCGGGACAGAAAGUGCUUCUCCACUACGACGACGAGGCCAUCAGGACCAACCCCAAGUGCUUUUACACACCCAAGUGUCACGGAGACCGGGAUGAUCUGCUCAACAGCGUCCUGGACAUCAAGGAAUUCUUCGAUCACAACAAUGGAACUUUCCCCUGUUUCUACAGUCCCGAUGGCCCCUUGGGAGUUGUUCUGAGGAAGUCUGGCCACAAGGUUGUCUUUCACUGCUUAUUUUGGCCUUUAUUGACUUUGCUGGGAGGCGCCCUGAUUGUUGGCUUGGUUAGGCUAACACAACAUCUGUCCUUUCAGUGUGAACAGUACAGCACAGUGGUAAGAGCUUAAGCAGGAGGCAGAACACAUUCUGUGGGCCGGUGCAGGUCUACACUGUACAGUGUGGCAGAGUCAGGGAAGGAAGAGAGAGAGCUGAAGAGGGGGCCCCAGCUCUCCAGUCCCAAGAUGAAGACUUGGCCACUGCCCGACAUGGUGGAGAAGACUUGAGACCCCAGCCAGCCCUUGGGAGGCAGAGGCAGGAGAAUCAGGUUCAAAGGCAGCUUGGGCUAUAUACAGAUCUUGUCUUAAAAAACCAAAACACCAAAAAACAUUGCUUAUUGUAGAGUACCUGCCUCACCUGCACAAGGCCCUGGGCUUGAGCCCCAGUACUAGAAACAAUCCUAUCUGCUUACAGACCUGCUGUGUGAGGGGCAAAGGUACAGCUUUCCAUAAAAGAACGUCUUUAAAUGUUGUCUACUUUCUAUUAAGUCUAAAGAACGUGUACCAUUUCAACAGUUUUUCUUUCCCCAGUCUCCUUCCACAAGCGAUGGAAGCAGUCUUCUCCUCACAGGCAAAAGGAACUCAAGGCAGUCAGUCCUUAAUGUAACUACAGCUCUCUGGUGGACUUGCUGGCAUGUAACAUGCCACUGCUGGGUCUGUCUGUCCAACGCUCAGCAGCCAGCUUAUGCGGUUCAUAUGAAAGCAUUUCUCAUACAAAAAAAAAUAUUAGGAGCUGGGAGAUGGCUCAGUUGGUAAAAUGUUUGCUGUGUAAGCAUGGGCACCUGAGUUUGACAAAACAAAUGAACAACAAAGACCUACACAUGGAGACACACACACACACACACACACACACACACACACAGAGCUAGUAGUUCGUUUAUAAGUAGAUAAAAGCCGUAAAAAAUAAUGAGGUCUGCCACAGGUACUGUUGCUCGUUCUCCAGGCUUCAUUCCAGGGCCCACUGUUUACAGUCACUCCUAUAUGACCUUGUCCUGCACCAGUUCUUUUUAUUUUGUGGCAUUUCCUAGUUAAUGAUCCUUUCCCUGGGCUCCUUCCAGUCUCUGCUGUGUGUGGGAACACAAGAGAUGAAGUGUGAAGCAAGCUGCACCAGGAUCUAACACUCUCCUCAGAUAACCCACGCUCUAGAAUGGUCGGUCCCAGGAUGCAGUCAUCUUUCUGCUAACAGCCUGCCAGGGCCUGGAGAUGGCUCAGUACUUAAGAGUACUCGUUUCUCUUGCCAAGGGCUUGAGUUUGGUUUCUGGCACCCGCAUGUCAGUUCACAACCAUCUGUAACUAGAUCCAGGACAUCUAAGCCCCUCUCUGGCCUUGCAGCCACUACAUGCAUGCAGUGCUCAUACAUACACGCAGGCAAAACCGUCGCACAUGUAAAUGUUUUAAAAAAAAAAAAGUCAACAAAGGUGACUACUAAUUGUCACAAGACUGACAACACAAGCCUUCCAGAUCAAGACGAAUGUAUGAGCGGAGGGGCUUGCUGUUUUCCCAGAGUACCUAAAUGUACAUUUACAGUUCCACACACAAAAAUGAAGACCCUUCACUGGAGACAAUGGGAUGAGACUUUUGAAACAACUUUUGACAUGCUGUUGUAAUCAAGCCACACUUGAUUCUCAGCCAUUUAACAUUCUAAGACUGUGAGCAAUUAAGUUCAAGUCAGGAAUUCGUAAAGUGAGUGGCUCAGCAGGGUAGCAACUCUAGGCAACGGGGUCUUGGCAUCUCACCUUCUGUGGGUGGGAUGAGCAGGCUUUAGAUCCGUUCACAAUUUCCCAGUGUCAGUCCUUGGCAAUGUCUCCUUUGAUGAUCUUUCGGCAUAAAAAUGUGAUGUGUGGAACAGUGAGUUUAGUUUUUGAUAACUUGAAUCAGUGAUGCAGACACAAUGGCCGUGAAGCCCAUAACAGCGAGCUGCAGCAGCCCACUUGGUCAUCUUCGGUGGCAGCAGGGCGCAGGUAAGUUCUGACGGUGUCUCUCUGCUACUCCACCCUCUAUCUAGUCCCCGGGCCAACUGAUCUGCUCUGUAAAGGUUGUGAACAUUGCUUUGUACAGACCUUCCUGUAAUAAAAUAAUAAAAUCCUAAAAUAAAUGUAAUAAAAUACACCUGUGCCAAAAUGUACUAAAAAAAAAAAAAAAAGCCCACCAAAAUCCUGCAAACAGAGAUUCUGUCAUUUUCUCAAAUGAAAGAUAAAUGUUGAGUCAUUUCCUAGUAAAUCUGAGUUCCAACUUAACAUCCUCAGCACUGAAGCUCCAGGUGGGGUUCCACAUCACAAAGGUUUUCCAAGCAGACAAGAGACUAGUGGUUCACGCCAGGGGAGACAGACAUCAAGUUGGAGAACAAAGACAAUUUGAAGCUCAAACCACUUGGCAGCCCAGUAAAAUGUAAGUGCAGCAGGCUGAGUUGUGAAAGUAGGAAGCAGCAUUGAUGCUCAUUCUUAAAGCAAACACUUCCCAGACUCACCUGCACCGCUUACAAUGGAGGGAAAGCAGCUUGCUUCUAAACUGGUGCCGUGUACAUCCUAGUUUUCAGUACACAAAACCAGCCCAUUUCCUAUCCACUUUUACACAUACACUCACACCACAGGUAUGUAUGCAUGUGUGCUUAGAAGACAAGUGUCUAAAUCUGUUUAUAGUGUUCAGGCCUCUAAUUUUUCUUUUAUUUUUACUACUGGAAAUUGAUCCUAAAGUCUUAUGUAUUGUGGUAGGCACACUACCACUGAUGGAUACUGUGAAUGCAAGAAAAUUAGCUAAGGAAUGCACUAAUAAUUCCUUAUGCUUUAGAGAAAUUAGCAUGCAUCUCUCUAUUACUCACUGCCAGGGCAGGAGAAAAAAAUGGUUCAGUUUUUCUUGUCUUUCUUUUUUUUUGGUUUUUUGAGACAAGGUUCAUCUGUGUAGGCCUGGCUGUCCUGGAACUCACAGAGGUCCAUCUGCCUCUGCCUCUGCCUCCUGCAUGCUCUGACUCAAGCUGUGUGUGACCACACCUGGCUUGAUUCAGUUUUUCAAUCAAGUAUUCUUUUUUUUUUUAACGGAUUAUUUAUUUUGUGUAUAUGAGCACACUGUAGCUGUGAUCAGGCACACCAGAAGAGGGCGUCAGAUUCCAUUACUGAUGGUUGUGAGCCACCAUGUGGUUGCUUGGAAUUGAAUUCAGGACCUCUGGAAGAGCAGUGCUCUUAACCACUGAGCCAUCUCUGCAUCCCCUCAAUUAAGUAUUCUCAGUAAUUACAAAACAACCUAGAGUUUGCCUGUCAAGAGAAACAGCAAAAGGGAUUCUCAGAGCUCUUGGCUUAUACCACACAGUAAGGACGGUUUAGACACAAGGUAAGUUUUCUUUCUUUUGGAAUGAACAGACAAUGGCAGAGGCUGUGCAGUUGGGGACAGCAGACACUGACAGCGGUAAUUAACACUGACAGUGAGCGUAGUAGUCUCUGGCUGAACUCCUUGCUGGGACCAGUAUGACAGAAGAGGUAUCCCAACGUUGUGGGCUAUAGUCAUCUAUAUUUCUAAGUCAGCGGUUCUCAACCUUCCUAAUGAUGCCAACCUUCAGCACAGUUCCUCAUGUUAUAGUAAUCAUAAAACUAGUUCAUAACUUUGCUACUGUUAUGAACCCUAAUGUAAAUAUUUGUGUUUCCCAAUGGGCUGAAAUCCCUGUGAAAGGGUCGUUUGACUCCCAGGCUGAAAACUGCACACGAAGUGCUGGGCUGAGUACUUCUGGGACCAGGGUGAACAGAACACUAAGAAUGGUUCUAACUAAAGCCUCUGACACAGCCCCUCACCCUGCUGAGUAAACGAACAGAGAGCAGCAGUCUGGCUGAGAGGAGGGGGGUGAGCUCACUGUCUUUUCAGAGUUCUGCAUUUGCCAACAUAUUAAAGUGUUGUGUUCAAAAGCAAUGUACUUUUUUUAGAUUUUAUUCAGCUAAGACCAAAUGACAAUAGAACCAUCAGCUGCAUUUGAAGCACGGAUUCUUGGAGCCUGGAGUGAGGGUACUGUAAACUCAGCACCCCGAAGCUAAGUCCAGAGGAUCUUGAAUUUGAGGCCAGCCUGGGCUACACUGAGACCUUGUACCAACAAUAAAAUGACAAAACCCUAAGAAAUCCACCAUCAUCACCACAACAAAUUUGUUUGGGUUUCAUAAUCAAAAACAUUUCCAGAAAAAUCACAUUUCUUAGCUACUCUUAGGAACAUACAUUAAAUCUAUUUAAGUAUUUCUUUCUUAUGAACCAACAGAAAUAAUUACACUUGUGAAUUUGUACUAGAACAAGUUUAGUGGGGAUGUUUUGGAGCCAGAGUACCCCAAGCAUGCAUUACAUUAUGUUAGUAAUGUAGGCUGAGGAUGGCCCUGAACUUCUGUUCUCUACCUCCUGAGGUGGGGAAUUACAGGCAUAUGUCAUCAGACCCCGUUUAUGAUGUGCUGGGCUCAAGCCCAGAGCUCCACUCCACACACAUUUGUUGGGCUAACAACUGACCCAAAUUCCCAUGCUUUAAUUGGAAACACCAAAGGUUCUUCCUUCAGCUAACCUAGAAGAUCAACAAAAACAGUAUUUAAAAAUAUAUACUUCCGGCCGGGCAGGUGUUGGCACACGCCUUUAAUCCCGGUACUUGGGAGGCAGAGGCAGGCAGAUUUCUGAGUUUGAGGCCAGCCUGGUCUACAGAGUGAGUUCCAGGACAGACAGGGCUAUACAGAGAAACCAUGUCUCAAAAAAAAAAAAAAAUAUAUAUAUAUAUACACAUACAUACAUAUAGUAUGUAUAUGUGUAUGUAUAUUUCUGCCACAAGCUUGUGACACAAGAUGAGGUUAUAUAAAGUCCACGUGGCCUAUAAAGUAUUUUCCUUUUGGUACUUAUUACCACGAGAAAUGGCAUCUACUGCUGGUAGUGAGUUAAAAAUCAGCCAACAGCACACAGGAUGGAGCCUCAUUUCAGUCCUGCCCACCAACACUCUUUGUGACACCUGAGAAGUGUGAUAACUGCUCUGUUCCCAUUCCCUUUGCUGUAAUUAGCACACGGCUGAUACCCUACCAUACCCAAAAGCCAAGCAAAGGAAAAGGCACCGCAUAAUAAAAUGGAUGGAGGUGCACAAUCCCACAAAAACUCACCCAGGAUUGCCAAUGCAAUCUGGGUGACUCCUAACAACAAGUCCUUUCUGCAUUUUAGAACCUUGGUAUCUGUUUACACCUUUCGUUACAGAGCCUUGGCCAGUGCUAGCAAAGCAACACAGGAGAGCAUGCUAUGAGCGCCGCACUCAAGAACUGGCACCUUGAAUUGCUUUAACAAUAAAGCUUUCCCAAGUGGCUGGAGCAAUAGAUUUUAGCCCCAUUCCUUGACCCAUCCUGUCUCCUGGUCCAUGAACAGCAGCGCAUGCCCAAUCUUGACUUGAAAACCUACAAUGAGAUUCUCUUUGCUGUCCUGUGAGAGCACUGAGUGGUAACAUGGCCAUUUCCCUUACAAACCUUUGGAGACAGCUACCAGGGCUAUCAGGAAUGCAAUUCUUUUGAGCUGGAGCCCAACAUCUUUCCAGAGAGUAAAAACAAUAUUUUUAUAAGGAAAAAAAAAAAGGCUUUCCAGGCCACGACAUGAUCUGUUUACAGUUUUAAUAACUGAAAUGCUUUUGUUUGUCUGUUUAAAACAGCUCAGCUGGACUCCUCUGUCAUCAAGAGUUACUAAUUAAAGAUGAUGUCAAGACUGAGUUCAGCCUUCAAAAUUCCAACCUGGAACUGAUUCCUUUCUAGUACGUGGACAGCAUCCCUGUAACUUCCAUGCCCCUUUGUGCUUCUCCCUGCUCAGGCCCUUCCACCACACCCCCAUCUCCCCAAACAUCUGAAGCAGACAUACCACAAUCUAUGACGCCACAAAAUGCCUUUGAAUUUGGUAUUUUAGCAAUGUUGUAGACAUCAAAAGUAAUUCAUUAAUAUUCUGUAGUGUGGGGGUCCAGCCCAGGUCUGCAGUUUCCAGAGAAACAGGAAAAAAGUGGAAACUGUAAUAUUCAGAAAAGAUUAACAUAAUGCUGGAAAUAAAUUUCUUCAAAGAGCUGGAAAGCAUGGACAUCAAGCUUACAAAAAUUAUGUUAAGAAACACAGCGAAGUCCACGUGCUGUGAGGUUUCUACUGUACCAUUAAAACAGGUUCGUCUUUUCUGUGACGCCACAUCAGCUGGCUCCUGACGAGCAGAGAACACAGAUGGAUCGUGCUCUGUCUCUGUGAUAAUUACCAAUCUCUUUCAGAUAAAAGUCAAGAGGGCACACAUCUAAUCACGUAAUCAUUUCCUGAUUAAUAAGAACUACACUUUACACAAAAUACUUUAUGAGCAGCUGUUUUCAUCAAAAAAAAAAAAAACCAAUAGUCAGUUUCACAGUUGAAAAAGUUACACAUUUAAAAUAUUUUACAAUUCAUUAUAUAUUCACCAGGUUCCCAUUUCCUGAUGGGCAGUAAUAUAAAGCAGAACAGAAGGGACAACCUCAGAGUUGAUGACUCUUGACACCAAAUUUUACAGAGGACAUGAAGAACCACAAAAAGUCUCAGGUUCUACCUUAAAAUAGCAACCAGAUUCCAUUCUUCUUCUUCUUUCUUUUUUUUAAAAAAUCUAUUUAGAAACAUCUUAAAAAAAAAAAAAAAAACCAACAGAAAGCAAACAAACGAACAAAUCAAACUCCACAGUAAGAACAACAGAUUUCAAAUUAACAGCAAUGUAAAAUCUUCAAACUAAAGUUUUUUGUAUAGCUGAGACUAUGGUAAAAAGUUAAAGCAUGAUUGAAGAGUUAUUUCUUGCUACAGUGUAUUUAGUUUCUUUCUUUAGAUUUGCUUUCUUUCCUUCCUGAAAUAAUUGCUGAUGAGACAUCCUCAAGUGACUUAGUGAAACUAUGGAGCCCAAGUCAUUUCCACAAUAGUCAUUCACUGACAAGGACGGUCAUCUACAGAGGUGACCGAGUCCCACAGCACUUUCUGGUACUGAAGCACCUGGGAGUAAGUGGCACAUUAUUGCUCUCUGGAAGCAGAUAUUGAUCACCCCAGCUGCAAUUCAAGUUUGGCUUUUGCCUUUUUGAAUACAACCAGUUCUCCUUUCUUUACUUAUACCCUUCACAGACUAUAGACUUUCUUUCAAAUAAAAUCAAUGUGGUUGUAAAUGACAAAAUAAGCUAUGUGGCUGUGUUUUAAUUGUGCAGAGACCUGGGAGGUGAUACUACGGCAACUGAUGGACUAAUGUUAAACAUACACACACACAAACACACACAUACACACAAAAAAAAACCUAUCAAUUUUGUGCAAGGAGGCUCGCGGCUUUUUUUUUUUUUUCUUUUUUUUGUGGGGUUUGUUUGUUUUGUUUUGUUUUUGUUUCUUUUGGCACUCGGGAAAACACAGUUCUCUGUAAUUCUUCAGUUCCCACCAUCAAAGUUGUAGAUUUGUACCAUGUCACUGAGUUUGACUGUAAUAAUCCCUGAUAUAGAGAAGAAUGGGAUGUUAGUACCUAGCAACUGUAUAUCUAAGUAACACAAAGUGUUAAAUGCCAAGUUUAAAUAAGUUAGGAAGUUUUCUAUAUCUGCAAAAGAA